AUGGAGUCUUGCAUAUACAUCAUAGACCAACAGCCACAAAGGCGACUCAAAUUCACGCCCCCUGCUUCGCCGUCUCCACGGCUUUCCACGGCACAUCGUCAGAGUCGAGAGCCGAGGAACGAAAUCUCACGGGAUUACUCACCUCAACCAGACAACAACGUGGGAUAUCUUGGCGCCACAAGUUUUUCGGCAGUUUUUCAAGAUACGCAGACCAUCUUGCCGCAGAGCGAGACGACUCCCGACCAAGCUGAGGACCUUCAGUUUGCUAUUUUUGAAGAUCAACCCAACGCCAGGUCCGUGGGUAUUCUGCAGUCUAUACCGGAUCGAGCCACCUGUAAUGCCUUGUUUAAGCUCUACGUAAACCCGUUUGAUGGGUGGUGUCGACUUGCGGCGCAAAUACUCAAUGAGAGUUUAUGGAUCAGCUUUGGGGAUGUGCUUGAGGGCGAAAGAAGACGCGCCGGCCUCACCAUGAUGGCAAAGACUCUGUGUCGGAAUAGUUCAAUUCCUCUCCAAGAGGAGCACACUGAUCCAAUAGAGUGGCUGCGGUCCUUUUCUGGUCAAAAGAUGAGGUGGGAGUCGCUUGGACUGCUGUUUUGCUACUGGGCAAUGGGAACAAAGUCUCUUGCAGAGAAUGUCGAGCUCCGCGAGACGCAGCAACUACGCGAAACAGAUCGCCGAAGACUCCUGAACAAGUACACAGUCAGUGCCGGCAAGUGUGUGGAUAUAUGCAAGAACGGGUCAACUGCGAAUUCGCUUCUUGCCGUCCUACUCUAUCGAUAUGCUAUUGUUCAAUCUAUUAUUAGCGGUGAUGCAAGCAUCCAGUUCUGGAGAACUCAUGGGGAACUUGCUGCUCUGACUAGCUUUCUGGGGCUACAUGUCACGCCUCCAUCCAUGAUCAACGACCACUCCAUCAGCUCUGAGAUUAAGCGGCGUGUGUACUGCGUCAUCUUCAAAAGCGACAAAGUUGUUGCCACAUUUACAGGUCGACCUCCGCUCAUUGGCAGCAGGUUUGCCACGACUCCCCUGCCCCUGGACGUCAGCGACGAGGAAUUGCUAAACAGCGACGGCAACUCACUGGCAAAUAGCCCCAAUGUUGACGAGAAUGGAUGGAACAACAGGGGUAAAAUAUUCUCAGGGACAAUGAUGCGGGCGAAAAUGAUGAUUAAUUUGAUCAAGGAGCAAAUUUUGGAAAUUUCUCUACAGGUUGCCCCCUGUGGCGAUACGCAUAAAAUUUUAAAUGAUUUACGGCAACGAGAACUAGACACACUAGCCCAGUUUCCCAAGGUUCUGAUAUACCGUGACAUAGACGUCAAUGAUCCAGACACGGACGGGCCGACACUCUUUGCCCGCGUGAUUCUUCGCUUGGACCAUCUCCAAAACAUGUUUUUCAUAGAGAGACUCCUCAACAAAGGCAGCAACGUACCUGGCCCUGAAAUCAUCGACAUUAGCUAUGAAAUGAUAUCCUUGACUCUCAUAUUCUGGACACAUCAGGACAAGUUGUUUGGAGUCUCCGGGGACUCUGAAUGGCUGCUCAUGUGCUACGCGGCACCCGCCGCAGGCAUUCUCUGCAUGGAAUUACUUCACGGUCGAGGCUCAGCUCCCGCUACGCCUAGUCGCCGCAAUAGCUCGAACCCGCCGAUAACGAGGUCGCGGUUGAUUCAGCAGCUUAGCCUACUGGUCGGCUUUCUGGACUGGGUUGGGCCGAUGGCUCCCAACACACAGAGCUGCAACAGCGUCAAGAAGGCGGUGCGACAGGUGUUGGAUCAAGCGUUGAACGAGGGUUCCAUGCCAGUUGCAACGCAGAUGGACUGGCUUGGCGAUACGGGUGUGGAAUUAUCGGCAGAUGUCAAUGACUUUUUCAACUUUGAACUACUGCACACGUUUGACUGGCUACGCCCAGAGGGUGCGUAG